AUGGUGAUAAAAAUUCUAGAGGUGUACAUGAUGGCACCACUGUUGUCCUCUGGGACUGGAACUGUGGUGAUAACCAGCAGUGGAAGAUCUUGCCUUACUGAGUACAACUGA